GAUUAUGUGACUUUGAUAGUUUGACAUUUUGUCUUUGACAGUUGAUUUUUACUGCGUUCAUAGCAGUUAACGUUUUUAAUUCGUACCAAGCAUUCCAGGACAAAAUGCCGACCAAAGCCGUGUGCGUUCUCAAUGGUGAAGUCAAAGGAACAAUUUUCUUCACUCAAAACGACUGCAAAGCUCCGGUUCAUGUGACUGGUGAAGUUACAGGCUUGACCCAAGGUUCGCAUGGGUUCCACAUCCACGAAUUUGGUGAUAAUACCAAUGGGUGCAUUUCGGCGGGAGCUCAUUUUAACCCGCAUGGUAAAGAUCAUGGUGGCCCUACACACGACGUUCGCCAUGUAGGCGACUUGGGUAAUGUGGAAGCAGGGGCUAAUGGUGUAGCAAAGGUUGAUAUUACUGAUAAGCUGAUUUCGUUGGACGGAGAGCACAGCAUCAUUGGGCGUACUUUGGUGGUGCACGCUGAUCCAGAUGAUUUGGGCCAAGGAGGACAUGAAUUGAGCAAGACCACUGGGAACGCUGGAGCUCGUUUGGCUUGCGGUGUUGUGGGAAUUACCAAGGCUUAGGGCGUUGAGUUUUGCUUUUUUUUCUUUUAAUGUUGAUGUAAUCAAUAUCUCAGUGGGGUGAAGUGGCGAAUUUUUGUUUUUCUUUUUUUACAAAAGUAUGUUUAGGUUUCUUAUUGUGUCAUUUAUUUUAGGAGUAAAUAGAUACAGAUAAAACACAGGUGUUAUGUAAUAGGAACAUGUUGAAAUAAAAAAUCAAUUAUAAA